AUGGCCCAGAUAUUCGACGACGCCAAGAACGCCCUCGCAGGCGAUGCCAAGUACCGCCAGAUGCAGGGCUUCACCCAGGAGCAAAACAACAAGACUCCCCUCACCACAUACUUUGGAACAAAGGUGGCCGACACCGACCAGGCCCUCAAGGCUGGAGUCAGGGGUCCUGCUGUUCUUGAGGACUUCCACAACAGAGAGAAGAUCUCGCAUUUCGAUCAUGAGCGUAUCCCCGAGCGGGUUGUCCAUGCUCGAGGUGCCGGUGCUUUCGGAGAGUUCAAGCUGCACACCCCGUUGACUGGCAUCACUACCGCCAAGAUCUUGACUGAUACCAGCAAGACUUCGCCUUGUUACAUCCGAUUCAGUACCGUUGCCGGUAGCAGAGGAAGUGCCGACAGUGUACGAGACGCCCGAGGCUUUGCUGUGCGACUGUACACGGACGAAGGCAACUGGGAUCUUGUAGUUGGUAACAACAUUCCCGUCUUCUUUAUCCAGGAUGCUAUCAAGUUCCCCGACAUGGUCCACGCCUUGAAGCCCGAGCCCCACAACGAAAUCCCUCAGGCCCAAACCGCCCACGACAAUGCCUGGGACUUCAUGUCCCUCCACCGCCAGUCCACCCACAUGCAACAGUGGAUCAUGUCUGACCGCACCAUCCCCCGAUCCUACCGAAUGAUGAACGGUUUCGGUGUCCACACUUUCCGACUCAUCAACGCCGAAGGCAAGAGCACCUUUGUCAAGUACCACUGGCUGCCCCACCUCGGUGCCCACUCUCUUGUCUGGGACGAGGCUUUGAAGAUUGCUGGACAGGACCCGGACUUCCACCGAAGGGAUCUUUGGGACGCUAUUGAGGCUGGAGCUUACCCCAAGUGGGACUUGGGUGUGCAGCUUGUAAAGGAGGAGGACGAGCACAAGUUUGACUUUGACUUGCUCGAUGCUACCAAGAUCAUCCCCGAAGACCUUGUGCCAGUGCAGCGCAUCGGUACCCUCACCCUCAACCGUAACCCCGUUGACUACUUUACCGAGGUCGAGCAGGUCGCUUUCUGCACCCAGCACAUCGUCCCCGGUAUGGACUUUACCUCCGACCCUCUCCUCGCUGGUCGAAACUUUUCCUACCAAGACACCCAGAUCUCGCGAUUGGGUAUCAACUUUGGCGAUAUCCCUGUCAACAGGCCGGUGUGCCCGUUCAUGACCAACCAGAGGGACGGUGCGAUGAACAUGACGAGUAAGACGAACCGCACGGCGUACCACCCGAACCGCUUCGACGCUCUUCCCACCACCGAGCCUGCCCAGGGUGGUUUCGAGAGCUAUCCCGAGGUCGUCUCUGGUAUCAAGGAGAGGAAGCUUGGGCCCAAGUUCCAGGAAUUCUACGCUCAGGCGCAGCUCUUCUACAACUCGAUGUCUGAUACCGAAAAGGCCAACAUGGUCAGCGCCUACCAGUUUGAGCUUUCGCACUGUUUCGAAGACGUUGUCAUCCAGAACGAGCUCAACUGUAUGAAUGAGGUCGACCGUGGACUUACCGAGGCUGUUCACGCCACCUUCCCUCACUUGACGCUGCCGCCGCCCAAGCCCAACCACGGCAAGAAGUCCGAGUACUUGUCCCAGAUCACGGGCAAGAACCAGGUCUUUACUGCCGAGGGUAGGAAGAUUGGUAUCUUCCUUGUUCCCGGUUACGACUACAAGCUUGUCGCGGCUAUCCUGCCCGCUCUCGAGGCUGCAAAGACCAUGCCCAAGUUUGUCGCUCCCACUAAGGGUCCCGUCAAGUCUGCAACCGGCGAAGAAGUGACCGCCGAAUUCACCUUUGAAGGCUGCCGAUCCACCUUCUUUGACUCCCUCCUCUUCAUCGGCGGCCCUGAUGCCUCCUACCUCCCCAAGCUCAAGAUCGGCCGUCUCACCCACGCCGCCCGCGAGUCAUACAUGCACCUCAAGACUAUCGGUGUGCUCGGUAACGCCGCCCAGUGGCUCGUUGACAUUGCCUUGCCUGGGGACUUUGGUGCCCAGGCCAAGACAGAGUUUACAAAGGAGAACGGUGUCGUCUUUGACCCGGAUAAUGCCAAGUUACAGAGCGCCAAGUUUGCGGAAGAGUUUUUGGACGGGGUGGCUCACCACCGUGUUUGGGACCGAGAGGUUGCGCACAUUGCUGCUUAA